AGGACCGCCAGCAUGACUCUCUCCUCGCUCCUCGCCAGCGCCCUACUCGCUGCCACGACAGCUCUUGCUCAGAACGAAUACGCCCGUGUACCCCUUGACGAGCCACUCAACUGGGUCGCCGGCCCCAGUCUCUUCCCAGUCAAUGUUAUCGCCGGUUAUAACGCUGAACUCGCGGCGUACGACCGCGAGUCCUGGGCCAACCACGUCCUAGAACAGUGCUCUACGUUUUCCGAUUGCACGUCCACAAUCUCCUUCUCGGCCAUCAACAGCGGCACCCCCAAGACGCGCUUCUGGUUCGGCUAUGUCUUCCGCGGCGGCCCAACCACCCAGGCCAACUAUGAGAGGCGCGCUGGCGUCCUGGGCUCUGUCGCUUAUUCUAUCGUCGAAUAGUGAAGGGGCCGGUCGUUUCUGCCCUGUCUCCUUGCUCAAGUCUGUCCCCUAGUUUCGGUAGUUUAGUAGUCAACGCCAGUCAUUCAACGAUCAGCCAAG